GGAAUAAUGGAAUGCUAAGAAAGAAUACUCCCUAAUGAAGCGAUCACUAGUUACAUAUGAAGUGGAAUUUAUCAUGAUUACUCGAAAGAACGGUUCUUCCAUGCUACUACUAUUUCGUCUAUUUAGUAGACAUCAAAGUCGUACUGUAUUAAUCAUUAUCAAAAUUUCCCCAAAGUUUGUUCAGUUUUAAUAAGCCUUAUGUUUCUAUUUUGUGUGUGCUUGAGCCAAAGUUAAUAUUGGGAAGGUUUAGCAUUCUUCUUUCAAUGUUUUUGUUUACUUACCAUAUAAACAAAUAGGCAUCAGCAACCAUAAUUCUCCCACAUGCUUCCUUGGCUAAGUGUUUUAUUGCUUGUCAUAUAGAAUUUUAAGAAAGGAAAAGAGAUUUUGCUUUCAUUUGUUCUAUAAAGGCGAAAUAAAGCAUACAAUUUAUUACUGACUAGCCAAGAAUGCCGAAGGGAAAGGAGGAUACCAAAGAGAUUGAAGGACGUAGCCAUGAUCUUUCCAGAAUUCUUGAAAAAGAGAAGGAUAUGAACAACCUUACGUCCCAGAUCAAGUACCUUGAAUAUUUGGUAAAGGAACAGCAGAAACAAAUUGCUUCUUCAGCUAUUGAAGUUCAGAAAAAGGGAGAUCAAGUGCGGGAUCUACGAAAGAAACUAACGUUAGAGAAGAAUCUAUUUUCUUCCUCGCCAAGCAUUUACUCUCCUGAACAUCUUCUGCCAAAAAGCUUGUCAGCUGAAAUCAAAGGAGCGGCACCAAAAAGUUGUGAGUCGAGAGGCAUUGAACCAGUAGCCUCUUACGAUCUGGAGAAAUUUCGAAAAGACGGAAACUACCUUGAUUCCAAAGUUCACGGCAAACAUCCAAUUGGUGAAUUGGACGAAUCAUUCGAUAACACUCCCAGGCCACCACUUGUCCUCAACAAAUACAAGUCAAAUCUACGACUGAACUCACAAAACGUAUCGUCUGCUUGGGUUCCCGACCAUUCAGUCGACCCCUUCAGUCUUGGUCCUCCCUUUUUGCAACCCCAUACGGCUUCUUCACAAGCAUUUUAUGGCAGUCAGUUUUUUAAGAAGGGUUUGGAAAAUCCAGUUCGCCUAUCUGAUAAUGCUUGCAAUCAGGAACUUCCGAACAACGGCAUUCGUAAAGGGACAGAGAUGUCAGAAACCAGUUCCCAAAAUUACAAAUGGAAGUCUGAAAUUGAGCAAAUUAUCUUCAGAAACGAUCAGUCGGCGUCCUUGUAUCUGCAGCAAAAAUUGAAGUCAAAUGACCAAAAUAUGAAGCAUGCGCUUAUUCAGUGCAUACUUCCCCUGUCAUUUACACUUAUGACAAACAAAUUUGGCAACUUUUUGAUACAAAAAUGCCUUGAACAGUGUGAUGAACGACAGCUGGAGGGAUUUGCUCAACAGCUAAAAGCCCAUAUCACCGAACUUUCAACGAACGCAUUUGGCUCUCACGUUGUUCAAAAGUCAUUUGAGAUCUAUCCAGAAAAUUUUGCAGCUUCCUUAAUUGAUCAAUUAAUGGAGCAGUUGCCAGAGACUUUAAUGCAGAGACACUCAUGCCACGUAUGGCAAAAGUUUUUGGAGACUAGAAGAAAGUCAUGUGCAUUAGGGACAAUGGAUACAUUCAAUAAAAAACUAACUGGAAAUUGGACUCAAGUUGCUACGAGCGAAAUGGGCAGUUUAGUUGUGCAAACAAUUUUUGAAAACUGUAAAGAACAAGAAAAGCGCCCUUGUCUUAAUGAAAUCAUUCAAAAUACUCGUUCCAUUAUCAGCGGACAAUGGGGAAACUGGGUGAUUCAACACAUCAUUGAGCAUGGAAGUGAGGAUGAUCAGGAGAGAGUGUUUUUGGAUAUUCUUCAGAAUGCAGAAUUUUACAGUACAAAUCAAUAUGCAUCAAAGGUGGUUGAACGUGCGUUACGAGUGAACAAUAGGACCUUUUUUAAUGAUUACAUUGUCCUAAUCACACAACCGCAAGAUGGAUGGGGAAGAAUCUUGUUGAUGGAUAUAGCUUCUAGCCAAUAUGGAAACUAUAUUGUCCAAUAUUUGUUACACGCUGCUACAUCGUCCCAAAAGCGAUUACUAGCAGAGCUUCUCAAAAAGCAUAUGGUAUCUCUUCGCGGGCAUAAACAUGGACAAAAGAUUGCGCUCUUGGUGGAAAAAACAAAGACAUAAAAAUGACUGGUUUCCUUAACAUCCGGUUACUGAGAAAGAACAAAUUCCUAAUUCCGAUGAGGACUAAUCUACCUAGAUUUUUGCGCUUAUUCCGUCCAUUGGAAUCUUCAAUUUGUUUGGAUAUUGAAAGAAUGGGAAUUUUUUAUAUCUUACCCUCUUGAGGAGGGACAUAAUCUUCGUCGUCUUCUUCAUUCUCUAAAUCCUCGUCUUCUUGGAGGGCUUUGGAAAAAUCUAUCUUUUUAUUCCGUGUUCUGGAAGAAGAAGUAAUGUUGGUGGGAUCGAUAGCUGUUAAAUCUUCUGGUUCUAUAGUUUCGGAAUUAGAAAGUAAGCUCAUGGACUCAUUGCAAGACACUGUUUUUGCCCUAACUAAAACUUACCAUCGGCAAUUCCUUCUUCAUCUUCUUCCAUUGAUUCUUCAGAAAGUUCCCCUUCGGAUGAACUCAUUUCUUCAAAAUCACCAUCGUCUUCUACAUCUUCGAUAUCUGGAAUAAAGUCCUCCGUGACUCUUCCCUUCCCUUUACUAUUUUUUUGUUAAAAGAUUAUCGAAGAGUUUUUGGCUUACAUGUCAGCUUUUUCAUUAUUCUCUGGCAUUUUUGUAUUCUCGUAGGUACAGCGUUUUUGGUAGGAAGUAAUAAUACUACGGUAAAUAAAAGGCAAGCCUGCCGAAAAGUGAAUUUUUAGAAAAGAUUUUUUUGCUUGUUCAUCUUUCUAGUCAUGAAAAUAAGUUUAUUAUUAUCCUGGAUAAUAUUCGUAUGUGGUUUUGUUGUUUAUUCUUCAUCAAAAUUGGUAAGCAAUUCC